AGCAAGGAAGGUGGAUUGGGAACUGCUUAGUAAAAAUUUCUUUGAAGCAAAAUUAGACCUUUAGGCGAAUUUUUUGUUUCAUCACCGAACAUGUAUCAAGAUUGUUUGUUUCGAAAUAUGAAAAGUAUGCAACAGUUUAUGAAGACAGAAUAUCUUGGUACCGACAUAAAAGAAUGGAUCAAUACCGAUAAAAUUAGAGAUUUUUUUGAAGAACCAGACAGCCAUUCUAAAAACACUGAUGAAUAUGCUUCAUGUGUACCCAUAGCAGGCGACAGUUAUACAUUCUUGGUCAGAUAUCUAUGUAAUCUCAACAGGCUUAUCGUAGAUCAAAAGAAGAAUUUCAAAAAUAUUAACGAUAUAAAAAUUGGCUAUAUUGUAUCGAUCGAAAAAUGCUUGCUGGAUAACGUUUUUGGAUCCAAACGAAACCUGACUUGCCUACUCUACAAAUCUGACAUACUUCAAAAGGCAGAUGAAUGUACCAUCUCCAGCGUGCUUACACAGGGCGAUAGAAUUUUACCUGUGAUUAAGAAAGAGCUCGGAUUAGAACUGAAACUAAAGUCAUACUCGGUCAUAGCUCAGUUACAUGAGAAUUACGUACAGGUUACUUUGCAGCAAGUAGUCAAUCUUGACCCAAUAAUGACGAUUAUUGUUCAAGAUAGAAUUAUACCUAUUGACAAUGUCAGUGAUAGUUUAUGUAAUUCCAUUUGGAAACACAUUGUAUCUACCAAAGAAAUCAAUUGCUGUACCAACCAUACACGUAAAGAAAAAGGCCCUUGUGAUCUACUCUCUUUGAAUAAUUAUGUAAAGGUUUUAGGCCAGUUAAAGAAAAUUAUUUCCGAGAUGUUCCUGAAAGAAAACAAUUUCGAUUUACAACAAAAAGUCCAUAUCGAAUUCGAGGGCAAUUGUGCUUAUCAGAUAGAUAUACCAUAUCGACACAUCAUUGAUAUCGCUAUAGAACCCAUCCUACGUAAUAUCGCUACUAUCAUUGCAGCUUCUGUUGUAAGAUCUGAUCAUUUCCAAAAUUACGUGGUGGAGCAUCUUUUUGUCCUGGGGACUAUCUUUAACACCUCACGUGGUUCGGAUCUGGAUAAAGCAUGUUAUUUGAUCAUGCAAAAAGUACUUGAUGACAGUAUUAAUGACAAAGAAAAGGAUUAUAAGGGUUUUGUUCUUCAAGAUCCAUUUCACCAUAUGCUCAACCCGGAUCUUAAAAAGCAAGUAGAUUUGGAUCGAACAUUAGAAACCCAGAAAAAAGCACCGCAUUUAUUUGAAGUUGUUAGUAAUGGUAAUUUGGAACAGGUAGCAAGAGAGACCUAUGCAAUUUAUGUAAAAAACGUCUACAAGGAUGAUAUCAUUUAUCCUGGUGAUGAACUCCGGCCUUUUCUAUCCCUUGUUGAUAUUGGCAAUGAGAGAGCGGGUGUUCUAGGGGGCAGAGAUGCUGCAAUGAUUGUGCUCCAGAGAGGACAGUCAAUUCCAAUUACGGGAUUAACUCAAAAGUUCAAGAUGCUCAAUGAUUAUUUUAAACAGAAUGCAGAUACAAGCGGAUUCCAAUUAGAAAUAGGUAAAUGUGGUAACCGGAGAGUAGUUAUAGAUAUGUUUAUCUUAAACUUUUUUUUUUUUGUAAAAUAGACUUGGUUCGAUUAAAUAAUUUAGAUGAUGCCAUGUUGGAACAAAUCGUUUCUUUAGAUGGUUACCUUUACGAUGUCAUUGACUGCUUUUCACUUCAUCGUGAAAAUGCAAAAUCAGAUACACCUAUCCGCUUGGAAAUUAAGCAUAUCAAUCAUAAUUCGUCACUUCAGUUUUCAUUCAGAAUGGUUGGUGAUGGUGAUGACUAUCAAAAUGCAAGAUUGUGCAUUGCUAUAGGAGAGCAACUUACUGUUGCUUUUGAUUAAAUUACUUUUUUUUUUUCUAAUAUAAAAAAUGUGUUGCUUGACACAAGUAUUUAAAGUUGUAAAUUAGCAAAGAGUACAAAGAAGUUUAAUGGUAACACCAGACUCAGCCUGGUCAAUUAGAAGGUUUUCUUUGUUUUUUUUUUCACUUUUCCUAUUUU